GGAAAUGAAGGAACAAGUGGACUCAGUCCUGGAAAUCCGGAACGAGGCGUCCCAAAUAGGCAAUCACGGCAACUUUCUCACAGUCAGCGAACGCAUAGGCCCUUCCUUGACUUUCCCAACGCCCCAUCCAUCGGCACCUCAAGGUUAGACUCCCUGUUUUCUCUGUUUGCGCGUUAGAGGCAAGGUCGAGCGUAUGAGCCAAGAAUGAGACCUGUCGGGAUGGUAUUUUGGAUGGAUGGCUCACAGUCUGGUUGGAUGACGCUGCCAAAAAUUUCAUUCAACUUGCCCCUUGCGCUAAGUUUGCUGUGGUAGAUGCUGACCCGUGGCUUUGCAGAUAUUCCCUAUGGCCGCAACAAAAGCUACGAAGGGUAAGGCCGCAGCCAAGACUUCAAAAGACGUUAAGGCCAAGGCGGCCAAAAAGGCAGCGCUCCAGGGUUCUCACUCUCACUCUUCACGCAAGACGCGGUUGUCAGUGUCGUUCCACCGCCCCAAGACGCUCCGAUUGGCCCGUAACCCCAAAUACCCGCGUAAAUCCAUUCCACACACACCAAGGAUGGAUCAGUUCCGCACUAUCGUCUCACCUCUGAACACUGAAUCAGCAAUGAAGAAGAUUGAGGAGCACAACACGCUGGUGUUCAUUGUCGACAUCAAGUCGAACAAGCGGCAGAUCAAAGAUGCGGUGAAGAAGCUGUAUGAUGUGCAGGCGGCCAAGGUAAACACCCUUAUCCGACCGGAUGGCAAGAAGAAGGCAUAUGUUCGCUUGACACCUGACCAUGAUGCUCUGGACGUCGCCAACAAGAUUGGAUUCAUCUAAGUAGUUCUGUAUGCAAUAGGACCCAAUAUGAGUGUCUG